AUGAAAUCCCUGAAAGAGCUGGUGGAAGAAUCUCGGUUGCAAGACUUGGCAGUUCCCCUUCGCAAGGGAGAAACCUAUCAAGGCCGAGACCGCAUCGAUGAAAUACUGGAAUUUCAUUGGAAAGGAAAUGGCGCAUGGCUUCGAGACAGCCAGGACCACGACGCCAUUCAGUUCACCUACGGCGAAGUGACACCCUUUGGCGUGCGCCAAAUGAUUCAUUUUUUUGGUCUGGAAACACUCUGGGAAGACGACGAAGAAGACAGCAACAUUCACAGAGAGCCAAUCGUGUUCUAUGAUUUGGGUUCAGGAGCUGGCAAAUUGGUAAUUCAAAUGUUCCUGGAGAAUGUGACUUCCAUUGCCAUUGGUGUGGAGCUCUGUAAACCGAGGCAUGUCAUGGCGGUCAAGGCGUGGGAAGAUCUACAAGGGGCAUGUGGGUUAAGUGACGAAGAUACAAUCUGCAGGAUUCCUCUACUAGAGGAAGCUGGUCAAGAAAAACUCGUGGACAAGGAUCGAGUGCAACUGUGGAACCAAGAUAUCGUCGACGCGGAUUUCUCAAAUGCCACACACAUCUACCUCUCCUCGCUUUGCUUCCCCAUAGAUCUGGCCGACCAUGUCGCCAAUAUCAUUAUGGACAAUCACCGACGGCAUGGAAAGUUAAAAGUGGUAAUUGCCUUGUCAGCUCUAAAGCCAUUCGAAACUGAAGAGAACCAACAGUUGUGGAAGAAAACCAUUCAACUGCUUCACAUGACAUGGGGAUUCAGCUCGGCCAAGGUUUACACGUAUGUUGGUCCGCCGUCAUGA